CCUUGGUAUCUUGACACCAAAGCUGUUCGAGAUGUUUAUACACUGUGCAUCUCUUAGCCGAUAUAACUGGCCAUGGCACGGAAUCGCCGCCAGACUGCCCUCACAAGAUCCAUCCAGAGAGCGCUAUUUCGAAACCAGAGGGCGUUUCGAAAGACGAUCAUCGGACGCAUCCUGGCAUUUUUUGACUGCAUUCAUAUCAAGCUAAUUCGCUUCGACGAAGUCUGCUCAUCGAGACUACGUAGAGAUGUGUGGGGCAUCGAUGAUGAGGAAUACCACUCCUCGUUUCGAUCUCAGGACGGGGAUGUACCUUUGAAGGCGAUGGGGGAUUUAGGAUACUCUGGCUCGACGUUUCUCACCACUUCUGACUGCAAGUUCCUCGUCAAAAGUCUUCCCCGACACUUUGAGCACAGCUUCUUCCGCACCGACCUCUUCGAGCCCUACUGCAACUACAUGACUGCCCACCCGGGCUCAUUACUCGUUCGAAUCACAGACUAUCUCUACGCGCCAUAUAUUACGUUUGGCAGUCUGGUGGGGACUAUAUCAGCGCACCACAUCGUGAUGGAAAACGCCUGUUACGGGAAGACGGAGGAUUGCCAAUGGGAAACCUACGACCUUAAACCUAUCGACUAUUUCUACCCGGAGCGCGACCUUCUGCCGGAGCAGCUUGUCAGCGCGGAGACGAUGGACAAGCUCGCAGACACCUUUGAUGACAAAAUCCGUAUCACGCACACUGAGUACGAGGACCUCAAGCAGACCCUCAACCAGGACACGGGGUUCCUCGAAUCAGCCAACGCAGUAGACUACUCGCUGUUUCUAAUCCGGUACCCGGCGAGUGUGCAGCCGGCGAAGACAGUCGGAGCGAAGAGCGCGUGGCGGGAGGGCGUACGUUCCGCGGACGGCAAGUGGACGUACCGGGCCGUGUUGCUGGAUUUCUUCUGGGCAAAGCACAAGCUACACGCGCAGGCGAUGACUGGUCUCGUGCAGACGUUCAAUGUCAUCGGCCGAAUGGGACCCAUGUCGAUCACCACUACAGCAGAAGAAUACGCGCACAAGUUUCUACAGAUGGUGGACGGAAUGAUCGAGAUACAGGAGUCGACGCCUCUUGGCUCAUAAUAUGAGAGUAAUGUACGAUAUGUUGCG